AUGAUUUUGUACACCCCUAUUAUGAUGCUCAUGGACCAUGUAGCUGCUGUGAUGGAUGUAGAUUAUUCUCCUACUGGAAAAGAGUUAGUGUCAGCUGGAUAUGACAAAUGUCUGAGAAUCUUCAAUGUUGAUGCAACUCGUAGCAGAGAGGUUUACCACACAAAGAGAAUGCAGAGGGUUAGAGUGGUGAAGUGGUCUUUGGACAAUAAAUACAUCAUCUCAGGAUCUGAUGAAAUGAACAUCCGAUUGUGGAAGGCAAAGGCCUCCGAAAAACUCGGAAUGCUGACAACAAGAGAGAAGGCCUCCAUCAAUUAUAACGAGAAGAUAAAGGAGAAGUUCAUGCAUCACCCCCAGAUCAGGAGGAUAGCUCGACACCGACACGUACCCAGACAGAUAUACAGUCUGUCUAAAGAAAUGAGGAUCAUGAAGGAGUCACGCAAACGAAAGGAAUCAAACAGAAGAAGGCACAGCAAACCUGGGGCAGUUCCAUUUGUUCCAGAGAGAAAGAAGGCCAUAGUGAAAGAAGUGGAAUGAGACAGAAUAUGCCUUUUAAUCAUGGAUUGUUAUUUAAUGUUUGUACAAAGCAAAAGAGGGAAUGUAUUCUUUCAAGUUAUAAAGCUAUAGCAAUUUUUUCAAAUUUUAAAAUAAUUUUAACAACAACAACAACAAAAUCUGUAAAUAAGGUCGCAGAAUUUGGAUUUGGUCUGCAUACAUGAAAGUCUUGUAAAAGUUAAGUUGAGUUACCCUCUGGAUUUUACUUAUUCAUACAUUGUUUGGAUAUCAGAUU